UCUCUCUGCCCAUCUCUGGGUCAGGAAUUAUGUGGGUUUUUUCCAGAUGAUGCAAAAAGACUUUAUCUAUCAUCUACCUAUCUUUCUUUCUAUCUAUCUAUCUAUCUAUCUAUCUAUCUAUCUAUCUAUCUAUCUAUCAUCUGUCUGUUUAGGUGAAGGCAAUUCCAGACGUGGACGUUGAAAGGGGUACAGGAGGAGCUGAUAAAGGGGUACAGCAGGAGUCUCUGCGAGAGGAAGCCAGAAGUGGUUUGGAUGGGGAUUAGAUGGAACAAAGAGGUCAGAGAUCUGUGGGGCCACCCUCCCACCCCCCAGCCCGGCUGCCACCUGUCUAUAGUUGAGGCAGAUCCUGCUUUUCUCUUGGGACAAUGCCAGCUUGACCUCAUUUUCUGCCUUCAUGGCCAGUUUGCUUUUGACACUAAUUGAUGGACACUCAAGACCAUUAAUUUUGCUUCAUGUCCCCUCCCCCCUUCCUAAUACAAAUGCAAACAGCGUGGGAAUCCCCUUGCAGAGGAAGCAAAGAUGCAGCUUUAAGAGAAAGGGAAGGGAGGAAGAGGGCACUGACUCAGAUUCUCCUACCACUGGCUGCCGGAGGGGAUCCCACCUCAGGGAUUGGCCUCGACAGAGUCCGCCUCCUCUUGUGAUUGGCUUGGCCGGGGAGAUAUAAGGUGGCCGUUCCGGCCUCCUUCUCAUUUGGAGGGAGGCGAGGAUUCCGACCGGGUUUUUGUGCUGAGACGCACCUGGCGCAACCCUCUCCUCUCUGCAUCUGAGUCCAAGUCCCAAGGAGGCUACAGCCAUGAAGGAGAGACGCGCCCCCCAGCCAGUCGUGGCCAGAUGUAAGCUCGUUCUGGUGGGGGAUGUGCAGUGCGGGAAGACGGCGAUGUUACAGGUGUUAGCGAAGGACUGCUAUCCCGAGACGUAUGUGCCCACCGUGUUUGAGAAUUACACGGCCUGCUUGGAGACCGAGGAACAAAGGGUGGAGCUCAGUCUCUGGGACACCUCAGGAUCUCCCUACUACGACAAUGUCCGUCCACUCUGCUACAGCGACUCAGAUGCAGUAUUACUAUGCUUUGAUAUCAGCCGACCCGAGACAGUGGAUAGUGCACUCAAGAAGUGGAGGACGGAAAUCCUAGAUUAUUGUCCUAGCACCCGUGUUUUGCUUAUUGGCUGUAAGACAGACCUGCGAACAGACCUGAGCACGCUGAUGGAGCUGUCCCACCAGAAACAGGCACCUAUCUCCUAUGAGCAGGGCUGUGCGAUAGCCAAGCAGCUGGGUGCGGAAAUCUACCUGGAAGGCUCGGCUUUCACCUCAGAAAAGAGUAUCCACAGCAUCUUCCGGACGGCGUCCAUGGUGUGUCUGAACAAGCCCAGCCCGGUGCCCCCAAAGAGCCCUGUCCGCAGCCUCUCCAAGCGACUGCUUCACCUCCCCAGUCGUUCCGAACUCAUCUCUUCUACCUUCAAGAAGGAAAAGGCCAAAAGCUGUUCCAUUAUGUGAAGUGGGGGUUGGAGAAGGGAGGCAACCUCCCACUUCCUCCCUUGGGUUGCAGAGGCACGGGGAGAGGGAGGAUGGGACAAUUUAGGACACUGGACGUGCGUUUUGCAGACGGCCACGGUGAGGGCUUGAAAGGAGACAGGAAUGGGACGAGGAAAGAGCCAGGCCCGGCUUGAGGACCUGACACUGAGAAAGAACCAUCACACCCCAAGCCAGGCACUCGGUUGUGGUGGGGGCGGCUGCCCCAGUUUCACCCCCACGCCCCCGCCCCCACUCCAGAGGAAGGAAAGGUGUGGGGGUGCGGGGGGCAUGCUGGCCUCAUGGGCUUGGGGGCCUCCAGGAGCCUCACCUUCAGCAUCAUGCCUCUUCCACACAGCGCUUCCAUGUGGGCCAGGGGACGGGCGGGGUCCCCGAGCCCUUCCCUUCCCCUCUGAGGAAGCCGCACAGGAGUGGAGUGGGGAAGCCAAGAGGCGGCUCCCUUGGGAGCCGAGCCCAGGUGCUUCAUGACGGGAAUCAGAAGGCCAGGAGCUGGUCAGAGCCAAUGAAAAGGAAACCUCAUCUUUGCAUAGCCCAUGCCUCAUGGAGAGCUGACAUCAUACAUUCAUAUGCUUCUCACCUAAGUCCCCAGGGUCCAAGGGAGAAGCCCCAGACCCCCUUCUCUCGCAGUGUGGGGGUGGUGGUGCUGCCGGGGGCAGGGCUGGGUGGGGGUCACCAGACUUUUUCUGCCCUCAGGGCACGACAGCUGGCAUUUGUUUUAUAGACUCUUGUCUUUGGAACCGGGGGGAGGGGGGAGUGUUUCAAUCUGUUCCAUGUUCUGUGUUUAAAGAAGAAAAACCUAUUUAUUAAUGAAAAAUAUAACACAUAUAAAGAA